AACAUCACCGACCUUAGCUCAGUUGGUAGAGCGGAGGACUGUAGUGGGUUUAAAAUCCUGAUAGAAAUCCUUAGGUCACUGGUUCGAAUCCGGUAGGUCGGAAAUUUUUUAGUCAAACUUUUUUUUUAGGUCGGAAUUGCUUCAAAUAUUCACCAAAAUCGAUUCAAUGUCGAUAGUCAUAGCCGUUGUUAAACUACGAUUUCAUAAUUCAUUCAUACCCAAACACAUUGAUUCAAUCCAAUGGCUUUUCGUUCCUUCUUCCUUUCAUCUAAAACCCUCAAAAACCCUAAUCACAACUUCACCGCUCAAUUUUCCACCUCAUUUCUCGUCACAAAAACCCCAAAACACCUCAAGAAAAAACGCAAACCCAAACACAGCCCGAGAACAAACCCAAUCCAAACCCAACCAAACCGCAUAACACAAUUCGAACGCAUCGUUGAACGGGAUUCCCUAUUCAAAUUUGUAACAAAAUCAAAACAAUAUCUCUCUAACCAACCGGAACACGUCCUUCAACUCGACGACGCCGGAAAACUCCACCGCGAAUUAGGUUUCCCCCGCGGCCGGAAAAUCUCCAAAUCAAUUCAACAACAUCCGCUCCUCUUCCAAACCUACCGCCACACCGACGGUAAAAUGUGGCUCGGAUUCACCGAUCUCAUGGAAGAACUCAUCGCCGAAGAAAAAACCAUUAUGGAUUCCAUGGAACUUGAUCGUGUCGAUAAGGUUCGUAAACUUCUCAUGAUGUCUGCGUUUCACCGUAUUCCACUUUGUAAAAUUCAUCACUGUAGGAACCUAUUCGGUAUACCAGACGAUUUUCGUGACCGGGUCGAGAAAUACCCGAAUUAUUUCCGGGUUGUGGUGGAUCACAACAACGACGGGAGGAGAGUCCUUGAGUUGGUUAAGUGGGACCCACUUUUGGCUGUGAGUGCUUUAGAAAGAGAGUUUGUUGUUAAUGAGGAAGGUGCUAAGAGGAAAUUUAAUUUUCCUGUGAAACAUGGGAAGGAUUUGGAUUUGGAAUUUGAUGAUAAGAAGAAGUUGAAUUUGUUAAACGCGCUUCCAUUAGUGUCCCCUUAUUCGGACGGUUCGAAAUUGGAUGUGUGGACAUUGGAAGCUGAGAAGUAUAGGGUUGGAUUGAUUCAUGAGUUUUUGAAUUUGACAUUGGAGAAGAGAGCUUCAAUUCAUCACCUUGUCGAGUUUAAGGAGGAGUUUAGUUUAACUAAGCAUACUUAUCAUAUGCUUGUUAAGCAGCCACGGGCGUUUUAUUUGGCUGGAACUGAGAUGAAUUGGGUUGUAUUUUUGAAAGAUGGCUAUGAACGAGACGGUGUUUUGAUUCACAAGGAUCCUCAGGUUUUGUUCAAUGAGAAGCUUUAUAAGUAUGCUCAGAUAAAGGAAAUGGAACCUGAUUCUGAUGUUGGAUUGGAAAAUCAACAUAUGACUUGAAACUGAAACUUUUUUAGACAAUUGAAUUGGAAACAGUUCAAAAGGGUUUGUAAAUUAAGAAAAGAAAGACCAGUCAAAGCUCUUCAAUGUCAGGGUACUCCUCUCCCAAAAAGGAAUGAAAUGCCUUUGUGAUAUUAAAAUGAAAUACUUCAGUUUCUAUGAUAGUGAUCGGCUUUGCUUCACAAAUCCUCUUUGUUUCGAUGGAGGAACAAAGAGGACAUUGGAGAAAUUUAAGUUUAGUGUACUGGGGAUUGCAUGGUUGGCAAAGAUUUUAGGUUCGCCAGCUUUUCCAUUUUAUCUAGGCAAUAUUGGCUUUCAUAUUUUCAACUUUCAUAAGCGGUGAAAUGCCUCCUUGUAGUUUUUCUUAAUGCUACUGUAUUGGCUACGAAGGCCCAACUAUGCAAGCAACAGAUGAAUAAGCGGUAUUGGAGGAGGGAACAGCCAUAGUUGAUGCUAGUGCAAUAAGACUUUGUUUACAGAAUUUUAGAACCACUUGGGUUCAUGCAUUGUUGAUCAAUUUUUCAUGUCUGGAAAAGAGGAACUCAACUUGAAUUACUAAUUUUUUAGAAGUCGUAAGGGUUGUGCUAGGAUAUCUGAUCAGUUUCACUGAAUAUGCUGGUCAGAGUAUUCCUUGCAUUAGCAGGAAGAGCAUAUGAACCUCUUUCGUUUGUAGUUUGAAUCUGCGCUAUGAUAUAAACAAUAAGAUAUGUAUUUGUAUAGUAGGAUAUAACAGUUGUGGUGCUUCACCAAAAGUUCCCAGCUGUCUAAUUCAGCUUCAGGUUUGCUGUGACCUUCAACUAGUUUCCGCAGAUAUUGGAGUUUUUGUGUGGCAUAUUUCAUUCAGUUA